GCCGGGUGGUGAUUGAGGUGAUCUGUGCCUGGCUUGUGGUGACUUUAUUCCCCGAGGCCUAACUGCUCCCGCAGUUAACCGGUCUAUCAUCUCCCCUCGAGCGAGCUUGGCUGCCGGGAUUGGCAACAUGAGCUCCGCUGACGAGACUUCCCUUCAGGGAGACGGUUUGAGCCAGAACGGUGGGAAACCGGGAGGCGUCCGUCCUGCAGGCCACAGAGCCCUACGAGGCCUGGGCCGGGGCCUCGAGUUGAGGCCGCCACGGAGCGGGGAGGGCGAGGGCGGCCUCCUAGACUCCGAGGCCUAUGAGUUCAACUUGGAGGCCCCAUGGGAGGAGAUAGAGGAGGGAAGGGCGGUGCUUCCGGGCCGCGCAGGCAGGCCUGGCUCCCCAGCUGAUGAGAAGGGGGACGCUCUAGACUUCGUGCCCGUGGCUGUGGAGUCUGAGGCCGUUGUGCAGCAGCCUAUGGGCCCGGAGCCCCGGGGAGCCCACAGAUACCCAUCCCCGGAAAGCUUCGCCACCGAACUGUCAGGCGUUUGGGUGGACGCAGAGGCAGGCCCCGGUGGGAGAGCUGCGCUGGCCCCGAGCUGUGUGGAAGCGCCACAGGCCUCUGCCGCCCCGCUGAGCCACCCCAGUGGGCCCGAGGGGAGCCGGGCCUGGGGGAAGCCCAAGAGAGGCACCAAAAGUCGGAUGGUGGGCAGCGGGGAAGCCCAGCAGCCCUCUUCCGACCCUGAGUCUUCAGAUGAGCUCAGCGAGAUACAGCUGAUGAGGGUGAGCAUCUGCCCCAAAGGAGGAGGCCAGGCCAGGUCCUGCAGCCCCAGGGAACCCGGAGACCCAGCCAGACGCUCGAGUGUUCGUGGCAGGGAGAAUUUCCUUCACAUGCCGGGCCCUCUGCCGACCCCGGCUCCUCGAGGACUCCCCUCGGGCAUGGACAAGCAGGCUUCAGCAGAGCUGGAAGCUGGCUCCUCCAAGAAAACGCAAAGCAUGCUCUGGGGCAAGGGAGGGAGUAGGUCCAGCAACCCAGGAGCUGCCACCACCGCCGCCGCCGCUGCUGCUGCUGCUGCUGCUGCUGCUGUCACUGCCACUGCCACUGCCACCUCUGCCUCCGCUGCUGCUGCUACAGGGGACCUUCCCAGGGCCACUCCUAGGAAGAAGGCCAUCCAGGAGAAGAAGUCCCUAGGAGGUGGUUCAAGAGUGACCCUGGGCAGGGCCUUCCCUUCAUGGGGGCAAAGACUUAAGGUAACGCCCCUGGAACCAGCCACCUUCCCCCCAAUCUCUGGGGUUCCACUGCUUGGAAGGUCCAAGAGGCAUUCCUUGCUGCCCUUGGGACCCAAACAGUCCAAGCAUGGAGCCACUGGGAAGAGAUCUGUGGCCAAGAAGACACGGGAGUCCCAGCCUGUGACCAGUGAAGAUAAUGACCCAAGUAGAGAUAUAGUCCCACAGGUCCAACUUCCAGUACACAGGCCGGGGACACCUUGCUUGUGCAUGCAUCGUGGAGAAUUUAUCAGUGGUGACCCCAACCCCAGAGUCCUCCAACCUCCAGGAAGCUCCCAGCCCUUGGACUUGAGCCAGGGAGGCCUUGCACCCUCUGGUGAGCAGGAUCCACCUGUGCAGACCCCAGUUCUGGAAAGGCAGCAGCAACCACCUGGAGUACAGGGCUGUCCCCGGUGUGUGCUACUACAGAAAGAAAUCGAUGAUCUCAAGGAGCAACUAGCGGUCAUGCAUUCCCUCGCUGACAAGUUCCAGGACCUUGGAAGUGAGUGUUAUGCUUACCAUACCCCUUCCCACAAUCCCAGCUGUCUGGGAGGGCUGCAUGCCAGCUCUGGCCAAGGGGAAGCCAUGACUCUGCUCUGCUUAACAGAUUGAACCCAGCAUCAUUGUACAAGGCGAGCAGCUGGUGCCGGUGGAGCCCACGAGCAGCGGCCAAGCUGUUUCCCUUUGGUUCUUCUACAGCCAGCUCCCCCUUCCUGCCCACUCCAGCUCACAGCAUUUUCGAAUUAAAGUACCUCUCCUGUUCUGUGGUCUGCCCACUCUCUGAGGGGGUGAGGGCCUGCAGGGGCCAGGAGAAGGGUGGGGAGCUGGUUAAGAACAGUACCCCUGGCAUUUUGCGGUAGGCCUCUCCCUGAGGGGAGUCUGGGCAGGCCUUUGAGCAAGAGCCAGGUGCUCAGGCUUACCAUGGUGCCCUGGGACUGGAUUCUGUGUGGACUGGACCCAGACACACUAGAAUUUUCUCCUUUUCCCCUCUGGCCCUCUCUGGUGGUGCUCUCUGCUAACAAGGCUUCUCUCUGGAGGUCUCUGCUAACAGGCUUCUCUCUGGAGUUCUCAUAGGACAAAUUGUUGCCUAAUAUCCCCACACACACACACACACACACCUUUCAGGAGGAACUAAUAAGCCCCUUCCAGAGCUCCAGUCCCUCCUGUCUUUAUUCCUUUGUUUUGCUUCCAGGUUUUAUUCCUUUGUUUCUCACCCUUCUUUUCUAUCCUGACCAUCCUUGAUGUCUCCCAUGGCUCACCCCUGGAGACCUCUUUCUAGAGAGUUAUUUCAACAGGCUUUGGGAGAGCACAGUGGAGCUCAUUUUUUCCCCCUCUCAGGCCCAGUCCUCUUUCUGGACUCAGUAUCUUCUGGUGGCUCACCACAGAGGGAAGGCUCAGCUAGAAAUCCCCCAUCAUCCUUAGUUCCUGCUUAGUUAGCCUUCACCUUUGAAGCUCAAUUGCCAGAUCCUAUCGCUUCUCCCUUCUUCCUUUCAGUAGGGGCAUGGAGGCAGAGGUCACAUCUCAUCAGGUGGCAGAGCAAAGUAAAAGUACGGGGAAUGCAGGAGGAAAGAGGGGUAUAGAGAAUGUGGGUUGUCUCUGGGUUAGAGGUGGGCAAGUGAGUCUUCUCUGGCUCCUCUCUGCUUUCUUGAGCAAAACUGCCCACCAGCAGCUGGAAUUAGAUGGUCAGGAAUCAGAAUGUCAAGUCCUAGCUGCCGUCCAGCCAGCCCUUCUUCAGGUUGUCAGCUCCAUAGCUCUCAUUUGAAAGGGGCAGAUGUGGGUGGUAGGUCUGCAUGUGCACGGAUGGUCCCCAGCAAGAUACUGUUUGAUCACCCCCAUGGCACAGAUUUUCCUGGAUGUGAUAUUUGCUUGUCCCAGCUCCAUCUCCCAGACUGCCUCCUGCGAUCGCAUGCAAUUUUUGUCUGAGCUCCAUGUUCUUAUGUUGCCCUCAUUGAUGAACUGUUCCUUGCUUUACCCAGGGUCCAGGCUGGGUGUGCCUGAGACUCGGGGACAGAUCCAUGUUUGAGUAGGGUGAGACAGUUCCCAUUCCCAAGAGGCUGGGUAUUUAACAGACAGCACUGACAAAUGAAGAUAAAGCAUUCAAGGGGUGUGUGUGUGUGUGUGUGUGUGCGCGCGUGCGCGCGCGCACGCAUGCUUCCACAUGUGCGUGUGCCUGUCAGAGUGUCUGUGUGGGCUUGUGAAUCAAAUGAACCAGAGAUGAUCUCCCUGGACAGAGGAUGAUCUGACUCUGUGAAUAGAGGCAGUAGGGGCAGAGCCUGUAAUCCAUAGGGAACCAAAUACACCAGAGCAAGGUUGGCAUCUACCUUUUAGGAGGGGUGUUGUUCAAGACCUAAAAUGUAGGAGGGCAUGGGAUGGGAUGAAGUGUAAGUCACCAAACCCAGCAGCGGGUCAGUGUUGUCACAAUGUUGGGAGUCUCUGGCACAGGCUCUUGAUCCUCGUCUGGGACGGAUAACGUGUCUCAAAUGUCUUAUGUUGCCAGCAGAAUGAUGUGCAGGCUGGCUACCUAUGAGGUGGCUGGUUCCCACCUCAUCUUUGAAGCACGAUGCUCCCAUGGGAGACAGCCACACCCUGAGCUAACCAACACCUGGGUGUGAUUGGCACAGCAAGGAUGGCAUAGGAGAGAGGAAUUGCCUGUGGAGAGCAGGUCAGGCUUGGGACCACCCUUCCUGUAUUCUCAUUCUGUGUCCCUUCUGGGCUCCUUGGGAUGGGCUCAGGGAGGCGGAUUGUCACACAAGUGGUCGGGCAGUCAGUCCUGAGAGCCAGAAAGGAUGGGCAGUGGGGACUUAACAUCAUCCACUUCAAACCUCCACCUGAGCAAGGGAGCUGGGUUCCUCAGGCUGUGGCUAAGAUUACCCUGACCUAAGUUGCUUGUUUCAUGAAGAGGUUACACAGAAAGCUGAUGUCUGCCUUAAGAAGCUGGGCAGAGACUGCAACUGGGGGUUUCUGCCACCUGAGACAUCUAGGCCGAUUCCGACCAGGGUGAAUUCCGGCUCCGGGCACUGUCCUUGGAGGCGAAGGACCAUCUUCACGAGGGGAGCUGCAUAUUGACCAAGCCUUGCCAGGGCACUAGCUUGACCCUUGGUGACCAGCUUCACCAGUCCCACUUCUUCCUUCCGAGUUCAGGUUCUCUCUUGUUCUGUAUUCACACCAGCUGCAAUACCAUAAUGUUGCUGGACUGAGUACACCACCACACUGGCAGUUGUCAGGGCUAAACCUUCUAUAAUAAGUGGCAGAUUCUGAGGUUUGUAUUAGAAAAUUCCAUCGGGCCCGAAUGGAAAGGAAGUCACAUCCCUUCCCUCAUUCAGCAUACUGUCCCCACCCUGCCCUUUCCCUCAAGCCUCCCCUUCCAGCCAGGAAGACUGGGUGCUGGCCUGGAGAGCCGUUGUCCCAGUCCUGCCUCUUUGUGCUGCUCCUCUCAGUGUGGGCUCAGGAGGUUGGCUGAGUCAUGUGCCUGUGCUUGAUGCAGCUGCACCUUGGAGCCCUGAGACAAACUGCAUGUGGAUCAGGUGCCCAGGCUCCUGCUUGUUCAUUUCCAAACAAGAGCUUUCACCCUGAGGGCAGAAAGAUGGUCUCCCUGUCAGACUCUAGUUCUUGUGGAAGGGGUGUCAGCCAGCCAAUGAGGGGAAAACAUGGUGGACGUUCCCAGGUGUGUGGAGGCCUAGCAGGCUGCAUCCUGUGGAGCGAGGUGACAUCCACAGCAUCAAGAGUUGUCAUGGUGAGUCACAGCCACGGAUUCCAGUCGUGGAUGAACUUGGGCAACUUCGUGCCUGUCUGUCCUCAAUCUCUGAGAACUCCUUUCCUCAUCCACAGUUCCUCACCAUCCGCUUGCUGUUAGGAUGACGGCUGCGCCAGUGUCUGCCACAUUUGGCUGUGCAUGUUGUGGCCUCCAGGGUGGUCAUGCGGACCAUUCCCGAGGGAAUCCAGGGCACGCUGUUUGCUUGACGACAGUAGGAACCGCACCCCAGCAGUUGUGCAGUGGGGAAAUGCCUGGUAACCACCACUCAGAGUAAGAAUCACAGCUUUGGCUGCCUUGGGACCCUCCUGGGUGCCCCACCUCCAGUACAUACCCCUCCCUAGACCUCCUGGAUCACCUAACCUUUACAGCUCCCCUGGUGAUUCCAAGAAUCACUUAUUUUUGCUGAAAGGAUGAAACAUUGCUCUUCAAGAAGAACCCUCACCAAGAUACAAAAAUUAAAUUAGAUCAAGUUAUAUGUAAGUUCAGGAAACACAAGCCUGCGAUUUGCCCAGGAACUAUAAAGAGAUGAAGCCAGGUAACCGCUACUGUGCUGUAGAGACUGUACAUUGAACUUCAGAAGUCCCAUUUGAGUCCCUUUCUGGGAAGGGAGCCAAAUGCAGAAGGCUCCAUCCUGUAUGAUCCCAUUUAUGAGACUCGGAAAAGGCAGGAAAAAAUGGAUCAGCAGUAGUCUGAGCAUGGGGAUUGAGUGAGGCUGUGUACUACCACGUGGCAUGAAGGAACGUGGGGGUGAUGCAAAUGCUGUUGAGAUUGCCAUGGUGCUUCCAUAAUGGUAUGCAUUCAAAGAAAGCAUAGACCUGUAGUCAAUUAUAUCUCAUACUCCUGACUUUGUAGAAACACUGUAAAUGUUGCUUCUCAAAUGGAUAUUGAAAUUUAGUAACUCCUUAAAAUAUGAGGAUCAUGUUCUCUCCUUUAAUGUGAUAAUGUGCUGAAUUAUAUCACAUUAUAUUCUGAAGUAAAUAAAAAUUUUCUUGGAUGGAUGCAAUUUAA